GUUGACACGUUCCCUUUGACAAUUUGCUCAUAAAAUAACUCUUUUUGCUCCAGAAAUAUAAAGUUUUUGUUGGAUCUGAUCGCAGUGGAGACAUGCAACCAAAAGAAGUGUUGAAUAGGUUGCGUCAGUUCGACGCAUACCCCAAAACUUUAGAAGAUUUUCGUGUUAAAACUUAUGCCGGUGCUGCAGUCACCAUAAUCAGUGGUCUGAUUAUGCUCAUCCUCUUUGUCUCCGAACUCAACUACUAUCUGACGACGGAGGUGCAUCCUGAGCUGUUUGUAGACAUCAGCAGAGGACAGAAGUUGAAGAUAAACAUUGAUAUCACUUUCCCCAGGGUUUCAUGUACUUAUUUAACUGUGGAUGCCAUGGACGUCUCUGGCGAAUCUCAAAACGAUGUUGACGCAAACUUGUUCAAGACUCGUCUGACCAUGGAGGGCAAGCCUGUCAAGGACGGUGAGCCAGCAGAAAAAGAGAAUCUAGGAGAAGAAAAAUCUGUUGACAUUGUGAAGACUCUAAAAAAGCCUUUAGACCCAACUAGAUGUGAAAGUUGUUAUGGUGCAGAAACAACUGAUCUAAAAUGCUGUAAUACUUGUGACGAUGUGCGGGAGGCGUACCGCAGAAAAGGCUGGGCGUUCACAACGCCUGAGGAGAUCGAGCAGUGCAAGCGGGAAGGGUAUGCCGAGAAGAUGAAGGCUGGUGUGAACGAAGGGUGUCGCAUGUACGGUUAUCUUCAAGUCAAUAAGGUCGCUGGUAACUUCCAUUUCGCACCGGGAAAAAGUUUCCAACAAAGUCACGUCCAUGUUCAUGACGUUCAGGCCUUUGCUGGAAUGAAAUUCAAUAUGACGCACAACAUCAGCCAUCUCUCAUUUGGUGCCGAUUAUCCUGGCAUUGUCAACCCUUUAGAUGAAGUAACAACAGUUUCAGAAAAAGGUUCCCAGAUGUUCCAAUACUUUGUAAAAAUAGUUCCAACCACUUAUGUAAAAUUAAACGGCGAUGUUUUAUACACCAACCAAUAUUCCGUCACAAAGCAUAGAAAGCAGGUGUCCUUGUCGGGGGCGUCCGGAGAACAGGGUCUUCCUGGCACAUUCUUUAUAUAUGAACUUUCACCCAUGAUGGUGAAAUAUACAGAAAAAAAUAGAUCUUUUAUGCAUUUCCUCACCGGAGUAUGCGCAAUAAUCGGCGGAGUUUUCACAGUAGCUGGAAUCAUCGACUCAUUUAUAUACCACUCGGCAAAAGCAAUACAGAAGAAGAUGGAGAUAGGAAAAUUAACAUAGAUUUUAUGUACAUGUAAUAGUUUAUUUAUCACUUAUUGGUCAUCAAAUAAAACCAUGGGGCUUCUCAAGCCCUGUUUCUGCCAUAAAUGGAAGCAUCCCAGAAGCUCAUUAUGUCAGCGUCACUUUUAUAGUUUUGUUUGAAAUCCUACCUGAGCUCAGUAGAAGUGUACAAUUUCUUGUUCAUCAACAACGUAUGAAUUCAUCGUCACAUCACAUCACAAGAUACAAAAAGUUCCCCCGCAAAAUAGUCGGAGGCUAACCUGAUAAACUGACUUUAAUCAAGAGAAUAUCCAGAGGUUUAGAACAGGCUGCUAAAGAUGCUGGAUAUUAGACAUAUUGGACAUGUAUAUAUAUUUAUUUCUGAUAACUUUGUAACAACACGGCAAGAGUAGUCUCCAGAAUAACUUUGAAAACAAUAUAUAUUUCAUUCCAAAGUUUUCAAAAGUUUUCGCUGGACAAGCUGCUACUGCUAGAAGGGGACAGGGUUCUACUGUAGUCUUAAAUAACAUAAAUGCCACAUGAACAUGAUUAAAGAUAUGUAAGGUGAGCUUUGAUAUUUUUAAUCUCGGACAUAGCCAGUGAUUUUUCAAUAUACUCCGCCUCUCAAUAUUUUGUAUACGAGGUAGGAGUAUCAAAAACCUGAUCUCAGGCUGAGAUAUUUUUGACACGAUGACUCAUCAAGGGCUUAAUUCUAUCCCUUUAUGAUAAUUUGUGAAUGAAGUGCUUGCUUGCAAGGUGUGUGGAAUUUCAAGAUGAAGAUAUCAGAAAUACUUCUUAAAACUGGCUUCUGGAAAAGAUGUGAAUGUUCCAUUUUAACUGAUCGAAGUUAUUUUUAGCAAAAUUGAUUCGUUUUGGUGCAUUUUAUAAAAAUGUUGGUGCUUUUGUACUCCUACACCCCUUGUCCUAGCAAUAGACUUCCCUCAAAGAUACAGUAGAACCUCUCUAUUAAGGACAACCUCGGACUGACAAGUGCUGUCCUUGGUGGAGAGUUGUUCUGAUUCAAGAGGUCAAAUUGAAUGGAAACAACCAACUCUUUGGCCGAAACUUGUGUUCUUAAUAGAGAGGUAGUCCUUAACAGUACAGGGAGAUAUUCGCUAAGGGAGGCUCCACGGAAGAUUUAAGGUGAAAUAGCUAAAAAGAUGCUCCCUUUAUUGACUGCUGGUUACCUCCAACCUCAAGUAUAUUCAAAUGGCGGUGUCACCCAAGAUAUCUGAAACUAGAUCGAUAGUGCUACACCACUUGCACUUCUUGUUAAGGGUUGACCAUAGGCAUCACUAUUUUGGCUGCUGAAGCCAUUAGAACACUUUGAAAACGAAUGUCUAUUUAAGGGCGGGAGUCUGUUCUUUGUUUUCCAGAGAGCAGCCUCCCAGGUUUUAAAUGGGCAGUCACUUCAUUUCGAAGAAGUUCCAGCUGCUUUAGUAUUCCAAAAUCUAGCGAAAAUGUUGGGACCUAUGGUCAACUCUUAUGUACAAUCAUUUUCCUUGUUUUUCUUACUGAUUUGUAAGUUAGUUUAUGUUUGUUGUUGUUUGGGUCCGUUUCCAAAUAUUGCUUCCAUUGGUUUAUUGUGUAUGUGAAAGUCUAAAAACAGUUGAUCGACUUAUGCAUGGGCUUGGAAUGGCGACUCGUCGUAUUGCCUUCUCAUUCCGAGUAAAUGCUUUUUAAAGUAGUGCCAAUACAUUUUAAACAUUUGUUUACAGUCGCUAUCAGAGAAUUAUCUUGGCAAAUACAACUUAAAAUGUCGCAUUCGGCGAGUGGGGAUUAUUGUACAGACCAUUUAGGAUGAACAUACUGCUGAUCGAUGUUGUUGCAGUUGAGUUGAGUAAUGUCUGAUGACAUAUCAGUGCCAUGACGUCGGGACGACGCCAACGAUUCCAUUGAAAUAACGUCAUGAAGUAAAUGGCGAUAGUAUGCCUGAUAUGUCUUCUGAUGUUACGAAUGUUUGUUUUGUCAAGUGACUUAUGGUGUUUUGUCCACUAGAUUGUUCUUUUAUUUUAUCAGUCAUGUGAACUGUGUUGUAAUUUAUCUUCACAAAGACGAUGCGUUAGAAAUGUGUCCUCUUUGAUUCAGAUACAAACAAUAGAAUUAAAAUGUUUGAGGAUGUGUUUCGAGUCCUCUUAUGCAUGUACAGGUAGAGCCACCACAUGAAAAAAUGAGUAAUGUCAGUCAUUCUGCCUCUUGUCUGUUCUAGUACCAAUCAAGUAAGGGGCAGUGUAUAUACGUCCCAGACCUGUUUCUUGCUCUGAAACUUGGCUUUCACUUUCACUUUCACCAGCUGAGCCAAAGCUUUUGCAUUUCAUCAUAUAAAAGUAACCUGUUUCAGUCGCUUGUUCCUUGUAGUUUAGUUUUGACUAAUGUAAAUGUUCACUUGUCUAGGCGAUGGGGGGGGGGUGUUAUGAUAUGCCGUUGAACAUCUCUUCGACCUGGUAACUUCGUCCCUCCUGCCAGUUCUGUCAUAGGGAAAGAUAGUAGAAGAGAGAGGUUGCAAGAGUGUAAACCUCUCGAAGUCUGAAAAAUGCUGCCUCGUGAGGUGUCCUGAUUUCAAAGGUCAGAUUGAAUCGAAGUUACCCAUUUGGGACCAAAAUCAGUGGCUUUUAAAAUGUAAUACACUUGUAGAGAGGGAGUCCUGCUAACAGAAAUGCCUUGUUAUGGAGGUUCAACUCUACUUCUUGAGUGGAGCAACCAUACCAUCAUCUUGUGAGGGACUCUCUCUGUCUCCAUUUAGGAGCACAACUCUUGUCUCGAAUUCCGUCUUCAAAUUGAUCAUAUUCAUAGAACAGAAAAAAAUAAA